GGAAUCCCACAAUACCAGGCGAAGGAAGAGGAGGGCUUCUUUUUCCUUUUUUUCCGCGAGUCAGAGCUGCGGGCUGGUGGCUGUUUCAAUCAAAGGGAAGGCAGAGAGAGGGAAGGGAGGCUCUGCAGGGAGAGAUGUAAGAUGGCAGAGCUACAAAUGUUGUUGGACGAAGAGAUUCCGGCCGGGAAGAGAGCGCUAGUGGAGAGUUACCAAAACCUGACGAGAGUAGCCGACUACUGCGAAAACAAUUAUGUCCAGGCCCAGGACAAGAGGAAAGCCCUGGAGGAGACCAAAGCCUACACCACCCAGUCCCUGGCCAGCGUGGCCUACCAGAUCAAUGCCUUAGCCAACAACGUCCUGCAGCUGCUGGACAUCCAGGCCUCGCAGCUGCGCCGCAUGGAGUCCUCCAUCAACCACAUCUCUCAGACGGUGGACAUACACAAGGAGAAGGUUGCCAGGCGGGAGAUCGGGAUCCUCACCACCAACAAAAACACAACGAGGACUCAUAAGAUCGUCGCUCCGGCCAACUUGGAACGGCCCGUCAGGUACAUCAGGAAGCCGAUUGACUACAAUGUCCUGGACGAUGUUGGCCACGGGGUGAAGUGGCUAAAAGCCAAGCAACAUGGAAACAAUCAGGCAGUCAGAGCGGGAACGCUGUCCAGGACCAAUCCGCCAACACAGAAACCGCCCAGUCCGCCGAUGUCGGGGCGAGGCACGCUUGGUCGCAACACGCCGUACAAAACGCUGGAGCCGGUGAAGCCGCCUACGGUCCCCAACGACUACAUGACCAGUCCGGCCCGACUGGGCGGCCAGCAGAACAGCCCCGGACGCACGGCGUCACUCAACCAGAGACAACGCACGCACAGUGGAAGCAGCGGGGGAAGCAGCAGCAGGGAGAACAGCGGCAGCAGCAUUCCCAUCGCCGUGCCGACGCCCUCCAUCCCCAACUCUGGACCAGUCCCGUUCGUGCCGGCUCCUCCGGGAGCCCCGCCGCCUCCUCCUCCACCUCUCCCUCCCCCUGGCGUUCCUCCACCUGCUCCUCCCAUGGGUGGGAUGGCCCCGCCUCCUCCUCCACCUCUCCCUCCCCCUGGCGUUCCUCCACCUGCUCCUCCCAUGGGUGGGAUGGCCCCGCCUCCUCCUCCACCUCCUCCUCCUUAUCCAGCCGUAGUGGUGGCCUCCGGGCCAGGACUGGGCCCCGCUCCAGUGUCCCAGUUUGGAACCAUCUCGCGGCAGAUUUCGCGGCACAACCCCUCCAACUCCUCUGUCUCUAUGGUUUCGGCCACGGGCACGUACCGCCGGGCGCCUUCGGUCACAUCGCAGUUCUCCCUGCAGCAGCAGCAGCUACAGCUACAGCAGCAGCAACUGCAGCAGCAGCCUCAUAUUAACGGAGGCACUCCUGGCUACGGCCAAAACUCAAUGUCUGUCGCUCCUCCUCCUCCCCCCAUGCCCCAGCUGACUCCACAGAUACCUCUCACUGGCUUUGUGGCCAGGAUGCAAGAGAGCAUAGCAGACACCCCAACUCCACCACCGCCCCCGCCGCCGGAUGACCUCCCUAUCUUUGACGACUCCCCACCGCCUCCUCCUCCUCCAGUGGAUUACGAGGACGAAGAAGGCACCGUCCUGAAGUUUGACGACCCGUACGCCGACGGAGACCCGCAAUGGGCCCCCAAGAACUACAUAGAGAAAGUGGUGGCCAUCUACGACUACGCCCAGGACAAGGAGGACGAGCUGACGUUCAUGGAGGGCUCCAUCAUCUACGUGGUGAAGAAGAACGACGACGGCUGGUUCGAGGGCGUCUGCAACGGCGUCACCGGCCUGUUCCCCGGCAACUACGUGGAGAGCAUCAUGCAUUACGCCGAGUGAAGCCACCUGGCAGUAACAAGUCCUAUUUAUUCAGUCAUAUCCUAACCUGGUGACAGACUGAUAGCUGCAGCAGCAGAUGCAUAGAAAUAACUGUAUGAUUCCAGUUUUUUUUUUUUUUUUUAAAGAAUGGCAGAAUGUUUUCUCUUACUGAAUGCAAAUAAUAUAAGUGAUAUCUAUUUAGAUGGUGUGAUAGGGAUGGGUGGGUGGCAUUUAUACAUUUCUCCUGAACAAAGAUGAUCUAAUUAAAUAGUUUUAAGAUGAGCAAAGGAAAGGAAAGCACCUUCAGGCCAAGUAUCGGUUCAGAACAUGGGCUUGUUUUUUUGCAGAAAUCUGUAAAAACGGCGAAUGUUAGUCAAUCGCUGUUCCUUUGAGCCCAGACAGGAAAACAAACACAAACGGCUUGAUUUCAAAACACUGUAAAUGAUAUUUUAAAAAAAUCAAAGCAUGAAAAUCUGAUGUAAUCUUUUAAGUUUUUUGCCACUUUGCUUCAAUUAUGUUGUAAAUGUUUCUUUUUUUAAAAUUUGACUGUCGAAAUCACUGAAGUUUUUACUCUGAAGCCAAUUUACAAACUUUUCCAUGGGAUUUUUCUUUAUUUUUUGUACAUAAUCUUAAAAUAAAGAAAUUGAGUUUUUGUUUUUCAUGAAUUUGAAUCUUUUUAUGAAGCAUCAAGACGUUAAGCUCAUUCGAGAUGAGACAGAAGCAUCAACUUUUCACUCAAACUAGCAGCUGAUUGGGCUAAAGUCCAUUUUUAUGUUGAAUUAUUGUCAUUUCAGUAGCAAAAACCUCACUAGUUGCAGUUGUUUAACAAUUGAAAAUUCAAUCCUGAGCAGUUUAUUGUACAUAUCCUUUUUAGAUGAUGUGCAGCACUGUGAGCCAGAGAUUUGUCGUCUUUUAAAAGUAUUGAAGUAUCUCUGCUUUAUGGUAUUUGCUGGAAACUUUAGGACAAAAAAAGCAAAAUAAUUUAUCUUUUUUACACCUACUUUUGAUGUGGGGUGUCCAAAGUGUUUGCAGCCCUUUGAAUUAUUCUGUGCGGCCCUUGACCACAAUUAAAGAAGACGAGAACCAUACAGAAAACAUUAUGGUGAUACAAUAAAAUCAAAUUAAAGUGAGAUUUACACAAAUAAAAAAUAAAUUAUGCAGACAAAUUCAUCUUAAAAUUAAAAACUUAUGCAACUAUUCAUCUUUCAAUUAUCUUUUUUGCUUUUAUUUUUAAUUUAACAGCACAUAAUGCAAACAUCCAGUAAGUUUUACUUCACAGUAUAAUUAUGCCAAAUAAGAUGUUUUUUUGUAACUUAGAGUACAGCUAAAAUCAUUUUCUGAAACUUUCUGUAUAAAAAUAAGGUAGUAUAUUUCAUUAAGAUAUUGUGAAAUUAGAUUUUUACCAUAGAAACAAUUGUGAUGACUUGAUUUAAAUCAAUUAAUUUAGUAAUCGAUUAAUCGUGAACUGGAAUACACAACUCAAGAUCAUUUGCUGAAAGAACACAGCAGUAAUUACGCCAAAACUACAAAAAUAAAAGCAUUUUCCAUUUAGGAAUAAAAAUGUUAUAGUAAAUAUGUACUCAGAACUCACGUGGCAUAGUUUUAGCUUCUCUGGGUUCAAAUUCCGUCAAAAAUCCAGAGUUAACCAGUUAAUUGGUUAAUCAAAAAUAUUAGCCCUACAUCUUAUUCAUGUUAAGUCAAGCAGAAAGGGCUGAGUAAAUAAAAGCAUAUUUUAAAUUGCAGAUGAAUAAUUUGUUACAAAUGAUCAAGCAUUCAUUAAAGGAAAUUCUAAUAUUUAGGGAAUAUUAAGUUAUUCAUUGGCAUCUCAACUAAGUUCUUAAUUGAUAUAUU